UCAUCUCCUUUCUCUGAAAAUGAAAAGAACAAAGAAAGAAAGGAGAGAAAUCAAAUAUUGCUUUAGUCAUUGUGUGUGAGACAACGAAGAAAAACUUUUUUACGAUUAUUCAAUAAAAAUAUCCUAACUCAAAAUUCGUGUUAUUAGAUUUGCGAACAAUAACGACUGAAAUAAAAAAAUGUGAAAAUAGCAAAAUUGAAAUUCGUUAUUCACUAUAUCGACAAUACAAUUGCGUAUGCUUGCAAUUUUGCGACAAGGUGGUGGUUGUGCCUUCGAUGGACAUUAAUAUAUCUAUAUAUCAAAAAAUGUUUGUUUUCAAAGAUGAUGACAUCUCUUUGUUGAAUGUGCAGAAAAAACUUAAAGAACGUCUCGGUAUCUGAUUAGAAGUUCAACAAUAAAUCCUGUUAAAAAGACGCAUAAAAUCUAAUUUAAUUCGUAAACAUUUGCAACAAAGACAAUUCGAAAUAGUUUGCAUACUUUUGGGCGUCGUUACUCAGCCACAAAUACACGCAGGCGAGAGGAAAACAGCACAUCAUUGCCCUCUUAAGAGAAUUUGCUCAUACCUUUCCUAUACAAAACAUACACACACACCAGGCGUCUCUUGGACUGACAGCAGUUUUUUGCGCAUUUAAAUUCCUACAAUUGUUACAAAGUGUAAGAGAAGGUCCUUUCUUGAGUUAAACAAACGGUUGCAGUAAAUUACAAUUAAAGAGCCAACCAAGCGACUGAGGGGCAUUUAUUAAAAUUAAAACAAGAAAAUAAGAACUCUCGGGUAACACAGCCGUAUACAUACGUACAUACGUAGUGCAUAAAAUAAUUAAAAACACAAACAAAUUGUCCCACACUCUCGCCUCCACAUAUACACAUACACGCGCGUUUGCACGUGGACAAGACCUGUACUACAGGCAUACAUACACACAAAAUAUAAAUUGACUAAAAGCUGCGUUGUAUGUGCUCGCUCGUUGUGCACAUAAAGCACCAUUCGAAAGCAAAGAAAACACAAUAAAAAUAAACAAAUAAAAGUGAGAAAUGUGAAAACACUAGAUGUGUGUGUGCGUUUGAUGUGUUUGUGUGCAUAGGGAUAAAUGUUCGCAAUUGCAUUGUGUUUCAAUUCCAAGGACAGCGAACGGACCAUCGUCGUACUGCUAUUGCUACGGCGAAGGCAGCAUUGCUCUAUGUCAGUGUCAGAUAUCUGAAUGAAGUCGUUCCGCUGCUAAUCAUCAUCCAUCCAAGCAAACAACGUUGCAUGCCUCAGAGCCGAGUGAGUGCAAAUUCGUGAAAGGCGGACAUUGGAACGCACAUCAGCCAUUAUGGAAGACGUAUGUAUGUAGCCAUAACAGUAGUAGUAGCAGCAGCAGCAGCAGCAGCCGUUGCAGCAAUAACAACAUCCACACAUAAAGAAAACACCAGCUAUCAAACAAAGCAAUAAAAAUACAAACGAAUACAAACGACCAAAAACAUAAAGGACAUUAUUUUUAUUGUCACAGCAUUGCUGCAUUGAAAAUGCUAUUGUUUGUAGCUCUCAUAUUUGGCAUUUCAAUACAAAUGUCUAAAUUUGUUGCCGCUCGUUUCUGUGAAGGCGGACACAUUUGUUCCUUACCUAGAGAAUGCUGUACACAAGGUUGUUGCCCGCCGUAUCAAAGUGGACCUCGUCAAUUGCCACCACCAUCGGAACAUGUGCUUAACCUGUUUUUCAUCAGCCACUGGUUCUUCUGGUGUGUUGUGGUAGCAAUUAUUUUAGCCAUCCUCUGUGCCUACUCUCUGUGGAAAAAGCGUCGAACACUUUGCGGCUGGGGCUUCAAUGAACACCAUGCACAAUCUGAAGGAGACUCGGCUGGCUCGUGUUACGCACCUCCGCAGUACAGCCGUUGUAAUUCGUUCCAUCAUCCCCCGCCACCCUAUACCGAGGUGACAUCGAAACCAGAUCUCUACCCGUUGGUGUUCACCUGCAAUAGUGAUAAUGGUAAAAAUGGUUCCAGCUAUCUAAUGGUACAAUAUUUUCGCAAUUACAUAGUGCGUCCGGCCGGAUCCCUGUCGGCGGCCAGCACAGUAGAUUCGCUUAGCUCUAGUUUUAUAUGCAACAUUAACGAAGCAAAUACGCUUGUACCGCCGCCGUAUUCGAGGGCAGCCAGUCCUGAGAUUGGUUUCAGUUCACACUUUCAGCAGCAGUAUAUGAUGCCGCGCUCCGCAUCCCAGCUGGUGUGCCAAAAUGUCAAUAAUGGAAAUUUUAUAGGGGCCCCCGGCAAUGCAACCGCAACUGCGGCCAGUGGGAAUGGCCAAUUUGAAUUGAGCAAUAGUUCUCAGAUGUAUAGUGGCCGUUCGACCAGCACACAUUACGCCACCGUUACGGUCAAUGCAACUGUGAACCGUAUGGCCGCCAACAGUACGACUGGCGAUCGCAGUCGGGAGAGAACUACCAAUUUCAAUGGAAAUCAGCACGGUUUUGAGAGCAGCCUGUCCUACGAUGAUGCGACUGAGAACGACGAACGCACAAACGAUAAUAUUAAUGCCAAUGUGAUAAAUUGUAGUAGUAGUAGCAACGACAUACGCGUGUUGCCCAAUAGCAGCGGAUUCGCGCAAUCGCAAAGUGAUCAGCAUUUCCGAUACAUAACGAACAGCAACAGCAGCAUUAGUGAUAUUUUUGUAAACAACAGUUGUGCAGCGGGAAUUGGAGGCGGAGGUUCGAGUAGAGUCAACAGGUCGGAGAAUUCGUCUAUAGUGGGCUCCGUGUCCGGCGCUGGUGCGGUCGUGCAUCCCCAGACAGGCGGGACACCUGUGAUCUACAGCAAUGGAUGUAUAAAACCCAUUCCACUGCAUCGAGCCAGCACAAACCCUACCCAAUUUCAUGUGGACCCCUCAUCGAACCGGGAGACAGUACUGUAUCAGUCGAACAACUCAAUAGGUGGUAUUUCAAUAACAGUUCCUACUGGAAUCGAAGAUUCGUCAGUUCUUUGCAAUGACAACGAAAUUAGAGACUUGCAACUCUUGAGAAGGAGCUUGGAAACUUGCUGUCAACUCCUGCAACAACAGCAAAAGCUUCCUUCGGGCAAUUUCGCUUUGGGCGAAUCUCCUCUCCGCAUGAACGAGCUGGCCAAGAAGUACAUAGACGAGGGUCUCCUACGUAGCUAUGUGACCUCGGGAACAUGUUCUGGCGUCAGUAGUCUAGCCAAUAUAGGCACGCCAAGUUCCCCGCCUCAAGCUACCAGCCCCACGGGCGAAGUAAAGGAGAUUCUCGAUCAAAUUCGACAACUGCAAGAGGGCGUUACAAAAUACGAGGAGGACUUAGCUUUCCGGGCUGUUGGUCGACCAAUUCUACACCACACUUUGUCUUCACCGGCCCCGUCGGCAAAUAGAAAUGCGGCGCAAACUGCAAAUGUUGGCGGAAAGCUUCAACGCAUCUCCACCAUGCCCGAACAACAAUCAUUAGCUGAAGCCGCCAAGGUAAACGUCUUAGUUAAGUCGUCGGUGGCAAAUAACUCUCCCACUAACUCACUCACCUCAGUACCGUCAACCUCGUCAGUCCUGGUGGGGACGCAGCCAUCCAGCAAACUCACGAUUAGCAAAACAUCGCUAAAUGGCAGCGGUAGUUCAGCGGUCCCUAACAGUAGUUUUAUCUUUUCUUCGUCAUCGAAACGACCAUCAACGCUCCAACAUAGCAAAAAACGCUUCUAUACAUCGAAACCGCCCAACAAGGCCAUGUACAUUCCUAUGAUGGCCACGAAUCAGGUACCAUCGGGCAGCCGCUGUACCAUCCUGAAGAGUCCCGUGACCAGCGUAGUAAAUUCGAACUUCUUUACGAGCCGUGGCAACCGACAACGCAAAGGUUGGAUCUCAAGAUCUGCUCCAACAACUCCAGCAACACCGUUACCUCCCAGCUACAUGGACGAUGACAGUCCUCUGUUGAAUGAACACGACGAGGAUCAAGAGGCCGAGCAAAAUGCGGAAAUGGAAAUUAAUGCGUCUGUCAACCACGUCGAAUAAGGCUCUUGAAUAAUAGCACACCAUAAGAUGCAUGGUUUUUAGAUUCUCUUCACGUGCAGAAUUAUGAAUAUGAGCAAAUUGGCUCUCCAUUUGGCUACGUAGCUACAUGAGCGACAAACUCAAAAUACUCCAGAUCACGGUCGACCAAAAAGAGAGAGAGAACAAAUGAGUAUCCAAAAAGUAACUUGAUUACGAAUGAACAAGUAAAAAAAGCAGUAAGUUCGGCCGGGCUGAACUUUGAAUACCCUCCACAUUUGGAAAGAAUUUGGAAAUUAAAAAAAAAAAAAUCCCUUAAAAAUUCCGAUAAAUCUUAAAAAUACCUAAUACAUCCGUUAUAUUGGGGUCUAUACCAAAGCGUGGACCUGCAUAGAAAACUUUUGUCAUAAGCCAUUAAAAUAUUCAAAUACGAAACUUGAAAAAUAAGAUCCGGUGAAUAAUGUAGCUAAAAUCAUCAAAAUACAGAAUGUAGGGAGGUACCGUUAUAUCAGGAUAUACGAAGACCUGAACCUGUAUAGACAAUUUUCUGUCACAAGCUGUAGUACCUAUUAGGAACUUCAAAUACGAAAUUUCAAACAAUUUCGGUCGUCGAAAUGCCGAAUAUAGGAAGGUACUGACAUAUACGAAGACCUGGGCCUGCAUAGACAAUUUUCUGUCAUAAGCUGUAGUUCCCAUUACGAACUCUAAAUACGAAGUUCUGCAUAUUGGGGGGGGGACCGUUAUAUGGAGGCUAUACGGAAGCAUAAGCAAUUUUUUCUCAUAGGCUGUAGUACACAUAAAAAUUCUAAAUACGAAAUUGUCAAAAUAUCGAAUGUCGGGGAUACCGUUGUAUGUGGGCCAUUGAAAAAUAUAGCUAAAAUCAUCAAAAUACCGAAUAUAGGAAGGUACCGUUAUAUAGGGAAUAUACGAUAUCUUGGAACUAUAUAUACAAUGCUCUUCCAUGGGGUAAACUACUCAGAAGGAAAUCCUCUUGUGGAUUUUCAGACAAUUUAAUUGAAAAGUUAGGCAACAAUCAUCAAAAUACCGAAAUAGGGGGGGGGGGGUGGUUGUACCCUUAUAUGUGGGCUUAACGAUAUCCUGGACCGAUAUAGCCCAUCUCCGAGCUUGAUCUGCCUGCAGAUAAAAUAUUAAUCUGUGCAACAUUUUAGCACAGAUCUGUACAUGUUAAUUUGCAAUCACCUUACAGGUCGAAAUUGUGGCCCGAUCCUCAAGAAAUAAAUCGCUUCUUUACUUUUCGAACCAUUUCUGCUGAUGUUGCUGUUUUCUUCCGUCCACUUCUUUGAAGUCGGGCUACGCUACCAGUGUCACGGUAACGAGCGAUAGUACGAGACACAAAAGAUUUAUUCACAUUUAAAUUCUGGUGCUUUAGCGAUAGCCACUUGUGUUUUUCCAGACAAAUAUAAAGAAAUCACACUAUCACGCUUGAAUUCCAUCACGAAUAACUUUUUUCUCGAAAAUUCUCACCAAAAUGCUUUUAUACGCUUGUAAACAAUAAGUGAGCUGUCACUGGAAUAACAGAUGUCGGACGAGUGGCUUAGAAAUGACAGCAGUCUAAAGUUGGUUGCAGUUUUUUCAUCUUACCCUGUAUAUGUAAAAUAAAUAUAUUAGUCAUUCUGCUUAAAAGUCAAGAAUCGCUGGACUGAUUUUCACAAUUCUCAUAAAUUCGGAAUGGUAUCUUGCCAGAAAAGGAUAAGACCUAAGAAAAUCGCGUAAAAAUGUGCCAAAAAAAAGUGAAUAUUUUUCUUACACUUUUUCAAUUUUUGUCAUAUUUUUACAAUUUUAAUUACACAUCUUUUAAAGUUUUUCUACACUCCGCGACACUAGUUAUUGAGGGUAUUAUACAGGUCGCAAUUAUCAUCCGAUCCUCAAGAGCCUAUUGUAUUUGAAGAUGUACAUUUAGGGGUUCAAAUGGACCAAAAAAGGGCGCUUGCGACAUAUUGUAGUGUCGUAGGGUAUUACAUGGUCGGCCCCGUACGACAAUAGCCUUUGCUUAAUUGUUUAUAUUGUUUAUACGUAAUGCCCAUCUGUGUUAUUUUUACAGAAAAUUAGAUACUAAAAUGGAGAUACGACAAAGCUCACAUAAAAAUGCAUGCAGGGGAGUGACUUGUAAAGUUAUUCAAAACGAUUCAACACAAAGUCCAAAACAUUUGUUUUAUGCUUGUCGUGUGCAUUUGGGACGUAUAUGUGUGAACAGCCGAAGCACUUUGUCGACCGUGCUCUGGAAUGAGCUCAUCUGCUAUAAGAUUUCUUUUCAGGAUGGAACGGUUUGAUUGGUUUAGGAUUAGGGGAAAGACUUACAUAAAAAAUUUUACUCGUGAUCAUAUUUGGUGUGUUCCAGAACCUGCAAUUUUCUUCGAUAUCAUAAAGCAAAAAUCGGUUAUCUUGCAGUUCUGGAACAGACUUAUGUGGCGUUUCCACUACACUUGAUUCGCUCUCUAUUCUUUGUUCGACCCUUAACUAUGAAAAAAACUACCUAAUUCUUCACACAAAAUUUCCUGAGCGAACACUCAUAUUUGUACGUUGUUCAAAUCAAAUCACUCUCAGAACAACGAAAAAAUAUGUCCCAUCCCUAACAAAUGAGAGCAUUUAUCGAAAAAAUAAAUUAUGACACUUAAAAAUUAUAAAUAGAAAAAUUUAAUGAAAUUUUAAAAAUUUUUGGGAAGACUGAAAAUUAUGUAUGAAAACUACAAUGUUGAAUGGCGUAUGUACAUUCAAACGAAAGUAAAUUUUGUUUUCUCUCUCAUUCGAGGUACGCAUUUGGUCCACGAGUUAAAAUUUCUACAGAAAACUGCAAACAAAAUAGUCAAUAUUUUCAAAAUGUUUCUAUCGGCAGAAAAAAUGUUUGACAAGUGUCUCUUCAGCAGAAUUUAAAAAUGGGAAAACACAAAAAUAUGUUCAAAAUGUCAACAUUUACACAAAAAGUUAGAGACGUGAAUGAAAAUUAUAAAAUUAAUGUUAUAAUAAAUCUUUGGGAGAAAAACAAUAAUUUCUUAUAUUCAUAUUAGUGAGAAUUUCAUGUAUUUUCGUAUACAUUCCCUUUAAAAUCAACAAACAAUUUUUUUGAAAAAAGGAAUUAUUUUACUAUGAAUUACGAAUCGUGCCGUAUGAACGGGUUAAUUCGUGUACCUAAUUCUGAGAGCGAACAACGUUGUUCGGUUUCCAAUGGAAACAUGCUAUCAGAACUACGAUGAAAUAUGUGCCAUCCCUAACAAAUGAGAGCAUUUAUCGAAAAAAUAAAUUAUGACAUUUAAAAAUUAAAACUAGAAAAAUUUAAUGAAAUUUUAAAAUUUUUUUGGGAAGACUGAAAAUUAUGAAUGAAAACUACAAUGUUGAAUGGCGUAUGUACAUUCAAACGAAAGUACAUUUUGUUUUCUCUUUCAUUCGAGGUACACAUUUUGUCCCCGAGUUGAAAUUUCCACAGAAAACUGCAAACAAAGGAGCAAUAUUUUCAAAAUGUUUGUAUCGGCAGAAAAAAAUUUUUGACAAGUGUCUCUCCAGCAGAAUUUAAAAUUAAAAAAUACAAAAAUAUGUUCAAAAUGUCAAUAUUUACACAAAAACUUGAAAACAUGAAUAAAAAUUGUAAAAUUAAUGAUAUAAUUAUUAUUUGGAAGAAAAACAAUAAUUUCUUCUAUUCAUAUUAGUGAGAAUUUCAUGUAUUUUUGUAUAAAUUCCCAUUCAAAUCAACAAACAAAAUUUGUGAAAAAAGGAAUUAUUUUACUAUGAAUUACGAAUCGUGCCGUAUGAGCGGGUUAAUUCGUGUACCUAAUUCUGAGAGCGAACAACGUGAUUGAAAGUGUAAUGAGAACAUAGCAUUAUUGUCUAUAAAAAUUUUAUUUGAUUAAAUAUAGUUUCUGGUUCAACGAAAUUAGCUUUAAUGUAAUAUUUGGAGCAGACAACGAAACGGAACGAUUUUCGAUGUUUUUUUCAAUUUUUUGGUGGAUUUAUUGCGAUAUAGCUUUUGACAGCAAGAUAACGUCUUGGUCUAAAUUCGCCUCCUGGGUGAAAUUAUAGAUAAGCUUUACAUCGAUGAGGGCAAGGUAAGGCAGAGCUACCAUGGCAUGGCAAAUUUUAUGCAAUUUGUUUACAAAAAAAAUAUAUAUAUUCAACCUCAGUGGCAACAAUAUUGAUUCUUAAAAAUUGAAUCUACCUGUAGCGAGACAGAACUGUCACUAUCGGCAGGACUUAGCGACUACUUUAUUUUGGUUGCUAAUUAGCCGAAAAUUUUCGUUAGUUACCGAAUUUUACCGAUAACACAAAAAAUUAGUUAAAGAAUUACACUACUGGUGCGCCUUGUAACGACUGUAUUAUCCUCCCACCUCUGAUUUGGAGUUUUCGUUCGUACAAGAAUAGAAUUGGUAUACCAUUUGAAAAACUCCUGCCCAUUUUGAAUUCACUUUAAUUUAAAAUUUGCUAUUACGACGAUCAACGUUUUUAAACGAUAUGAAGAGAUGUAUCGACUUUUUUUUAAUCGAAGAAAGAAAUCGUAAUUGUUCAGACUAGUACUACAUUGUUAUAAACUGAUUAUUUAUUCAAGAAUUUGCCGAAAUGUUUGCCAACUUAUUGUGUUGGGAACCCCAUAAGAGACUAAAACAAAAAAGAAACAUUAAAAAAAUUAUAUUAUUAAUGAAAAAAAGCCAAAUAUGUUGAUACAGAAUUUGCGAAUGGCAGGUAGGAUUUUAAAAUUUGUAAGCAGAUUUUUUGACCACGUAGUUGGUCAAUAAUAAUUCCAAUAUUAACUUUUCCCAAUGUCACUGCAAUAAACAAUGUAUAUUGUUAUUUUAAAAAUAUGAUAAACAAACUUAAUUUUCAUUUAACGUCCACAUAAACCCCAAAAUAGCAGGACGAAAUUUUUGCCGCUCUUUAUAUUCUUUUUGGAGGUCAUAAGUGCAGAAAUAAUGGAUUUACUCAUCCCGAUUUCUAAAGCACGAAUGUAAAGCAGUGCUGUAAACAAAUCGGUUCAGUGGUUCAUACCAUGGCAUAAUUACAGAAAGUAGGACAAAGAUAUCUUCUAAGUACAAUUUUAUUCCUUUGGUCAAAAUAUUUACAUAGAUUGUGUGUGUAUUCUUGGCUCAAUAAGAAAGGUUGCUAAAAUUCAAAGACUCUAGGAAAAAUGCAAGUCUGUACCAGAUAGGGGGACAAUGUUGUUUUAUCUCAGAAUUAAACAUUUUGUGGAGCAUGGAAAAUAUGCAUUUCUGUUGUAUCUAAAUUUGUAUGCUAUAAGGAACUAAUCAUGGUAUAAGAAUACAGACAUCAACUCUUGGGAACAUUCAUAUUUCUAAAAUUUUGAAUGAUUUUAAAAAAAUAUGUAGGUUUAUAUAUGUUUCUUAUACAACGCCUAUCAGAGGUUGUUAAGAUAUCCAUUUUUAAACAUUUUUUACAAAUUUGAAUAAUUUUUCAUUCAAAAUGUUCUAUUUCAAAAUUGGUUUGACAGUUCAUUGUCCCAGCAGCUGUGUGCAUUCUUCUACCAUGGAACUACUAAAAAAUGCGUUGUUUACAUUGCGACAUAAAUUUAUAAUUCAUAAUUCCGACCCCAACCAUUUCUUCUUAAUUGAAUUAAUUAAAAAAUUAAUUAAUUAAUUAAAACUAAAUUGAAAAAUUGGCAAAUAAUUAUAUUCCGCAGGUAUAUUUGCAAUACUUUUUACUGUACCACACUACAAUGAAAAUUUAUUUAAGCAAUUGUGUAAUUCUUUACCAGGACGUAUACCAAUUUCGGUCCAAUAAAAAAUCCAGCAAUCCAGUAAUUGUGUUGUGAUUUAAUUAAAAAUUACCCAACAGAUGAUGGAUAAUGUAUGGCAUUCUAAGUAAAUUAAAAUUGGGUAUCACAUAACCUUUUAUACUAAAAUCUCCCACUGGAAAAGUCAUCUUUAUCUAUAAAUUAGACUAUUGCCAAUUCCCAGUAUUAAUGUAAAGUCAUGUAUAUAGUUGCAUGUAUAUUAGUUACAUGUACUUAUACGACAUCCAGUGGAUUCUGAAUGUCAAUCUAUAAACGUAUACGUCAAAUGAAAUCCAUUUUAGGAAUUGGCAGUUAAGAUCCGUGUCGUAAGUACGGAAACACUUUUAUGCUAUGUGAAUAUGCCAAGUUUCAAAUUUAUUUUAGAUUAUUGCAAAACAAGAUUUGUUUGAGCAUAGCCUGAUGAAAUUAGGGUGGAAAUAAAUAAAUCGCAUAUUUGGCCGGCUUAAGUAAUCGGCUGGCUUCUUCGUAGAUGAACAAAUAAGUUUUAGGUUGACUUAGUUCAAUUUUGGCCCUAGGCUUCUUCGUUCAUUUCAGAAGAAGUCAGCCGAUGACUUAAGCCAGCCAGAUAAGCGCUUUAUGUAUUCCCACCUUUACCUGUGGCAUAGUAGAACCAAUCGAUUCAAUCUCAUUUCGUAUCUCACACAAGAGAAUGCUUUAACUGUUAGUGUAAAUAGUGAUAGUUUUUUUUUUUUUUUUUUUUUUGUUUUGAAGCCACAUCAUUUAUGUUUUCAAACAUGAUAGCAUAAUUCUUUGUAUCAUAUACAUACUUGUAUGCAUGUAUGAAUUUAUACAUUAGUGUAGCAGUUCUUUUCUUCAUUACAGUAUUAAACAAGUAUUAAACGAUAUUCAAUAUUGAAAAAAAAACGAUUUAAAUGAAGACACACAAACACACGCAAUACUUAUAAACAUUACCGACCAUGGUAGAAGAAUAUAGGUAGAUGCAUCAACGCUUGGGAACAUUGAAAUAUCAAAAUUUUUAAAGUGUUUUGUCAAAAAUUAGUAGAUUUUUAUAUGUUUUCUAAUACGAUGCAAAUCGGAGGUUGUAAUGAUAUGUAUUUUUCAACAAUUUUUACAAAUUUCAAUAAUUUUUCAUUCAAGAUUUUCAAUUCCAAAAUCAGUUUAACAGUUCAUUUUCCCAGCAGCUGUGUCGAUGCGACUACCUGUAUUCUUCUACCAUGUUAUCGACACAAUACAAUACACGCUUCACUACUGAAAUGGAUUAACUCAGUUUGUAUCAUUUAAUGUGAUUUCAAUUUCUAUAUUCAACUCUACAAAGUUCGCUUCAAAAUGUGUGUUUUAGGAAACAAAACCGAUUAUUUUCACUGACGAGCUUGGAAAUGAAUUGAAUUUGUUGGAUUCAAUGUUUUUGGAAAAUAUUGGUUCCUAAUACCUCCAGAUUUUUUGAAUCUGUAAAUUGAUUAAUUAAAUUAGAAUACAGAUAUGUUAGCAAAAGAAAAAAACACAUUUACGGAACAUUGUGGUGUAGGUCGACUACAGCCUUUGCCAACUGAUUCCUUGUUAGAAUUAGUCAAUAUUAAAUGUCAUAUGAUAUAAAUUGAGAUAAACCAAGAAAACACAUAAACAAUGUAAAACAACAGUGCCUUCAUCACAAUAGAAUGAAAAAAUGACAACAAAACAAACACUUUCUAUAUAGUUUACACUAAAGUAAGAAUAGAUCCGACGGGUCAAAGAACGAAUGGUUAAUAUGUACAUGUUUGAUAAACGACAAAAACAAAUUGAGAUGCAAAUCGCUUGUGAAUAAUUAAGGAAUUGUUAGAAUACACAAAUGUACACAGACAUUCUGAUAGAUAGUACAUAUGCACAUGAUAAUAUUUUUCGAAGUAAUACAUUGACUAUACACAGGUACAUAUGUAUAUGCCAACACCAAAAUACAGAAGCCAUUCAAGUUCACAUUCUAGAUUGUAAUUGGAAAGAUUUAAUUGAGCCAUAAAUUAGCAAAAUAAGGAAAGUUCAUUUUAUUGCUGUUAGAAUUAAAAUGUAAGCUACAUCGAUUACAAUAUAAAUAUUGCAUAUACAAACAUAUAUUAAAGAGUAAUAUCAAGUGCAAUCAUCAAAAUAGAUCCCAGUUCAAAGCUUCAAAGCAAAAAGAUGCCAAUAUUCUGCAGAAGGGCUUUUAAAAAUAUAGUCAUUUUCAAAACACUGGGCUAAAAACCUUGUGACAUGAGCCAGAAAAACAGACAGAAAGCACAGCAAGCUCUUCACAACACGAUCUUCCCCAUAUUUAAUUGGGCGCCAUUUUCUUUUUAUUGUGUUGUCGCUUAUGCAAGGUAAUUGAAUCAUAUGUUGCCAAGCCCAUUUGUCGAUAUUUAAUUACCCAGCAAAAGAUUUAAACGAAGUGGUUGAGUAGGAAGUGAUAAUUAAGUAUUUUUCCGAGCAGUUAAUUCAGAGACCCUCUGAAACAAAAACAAACACAACUCAUUUUCAAAAGCUUCAAUUCUUGAAUUCUACUUUAAAGAAUUUGCUAACAAAACCGUUAAUUUUUAUUAAUAUUAUUUUGUUGUUACCCGAUUUUAUUUGUAACAGCGUAACCUAAAAAAUGUUUUGUACGUCCCAAAUACUCCAGGUCCAUAUCUUAAAACCUACCACCAAUUAACGUUGUAAAAAUUGAUUCCAAUACAAAAACAAAAAAAAAAUCAAUUGUCAGUGUUGAAAAUGUUCAACUUUGAAAUUUUGUACGCCCGUCGUAUUUUGGAAGCACUUAUAUGAGUACAUGUUUUUUACUUGUGUGGUGAAAAACAUCAACUGGGUACGUCGAAUUUUAGGUAACGCUUUAAAUAAUAACUUUAAAUAUAUAAGCAAAUCUGUAAUCAAAUCACAUUUUUUUAAUACAAUAAUACAAAAAAACUGAAACUUGCGCGUUUCAAUAGUUGGUUGAUCUAUUACGAUGCAAACCACUUACUGUAAUCAUGUGCCCGAUUUCCUGUGAAGCAAAUAUUAAACAAAACAAAAUAGAAAUUAUUUAAAUGUUCAUUGUGUGUAUUAAGAUUCUUUCGUCAAAUUUCUCGAAUUUUUAAAUUAGAGUUAUAAUUUUAUUGCGAAAUUAUAAAUUAUUCUAGCUAGAUAAUAAAUAACCAAAAUAAUUUAAUUCCAUUAAGGUUUUAAUUAAGAAAUAAGAAAUCAAACAAUAAAUAAAUGCUAAUAUAUGAAAUAAAAUGAUCAAAUGUGUGUUUUCUGUUGUUGUUGGAAUCGAAACAAUCUUAUGGAACGU